AGAUAACAAAAUCACAACCGAAUGGAAGGCAGCUCCUAAAGUUUGCUACUUCUGUGAUCAGGAAGGGCAUAUAAAAAAAGAAUGCCUUCAAUUCAAAGAGUCAGUCUCAUUAAGACAGCAUUAUAGAGAGUUCAAAGAAGCAUCCAAAACAAAAAACAGAGACUACCUUAACGAAGCAGCCCAAGAAACAAAGAGUCCUUCAAAUACUGAAGAAAAAGAGAACCUGAAAGAGGAAGAAACAAGCAUAGAAAAGUCCGAUAAACAAGAAACAAGAGAUAUUUCGCACAGUACAGACGAAGAAAUGGAAGAUACCCAGGAAAGUGCUAAACAAGCAACCACUUUCUCAGAAGCAGAGCUCACAACAAGAGAUGAGCUUGCACUAGAUAACCCGUACCUUAAGGAUAAUGACAAGGAAAAUAAUCCUCCUCAUAAAAAUACAUCGUCAGAAAUUCCAAUGGAAGAAGACUUUACAACUGUAUCUUACAAGAGGAAGAAAAAGAAACAAACAAACCAAAGUAUACGUAAACAAGCAACAGUAAGACAAGCUCCAUACAAGAAAGGACGAACAGAGGAGAAUCCUCCAAAAGCUCAAUAA